AUGAUGAAUUAUCGUCGGACAACAAUAAAACGAAUUCCUCUCUAUCAAUAUAACAGAACAAUUGUUUAUUACACGCAACAAUAUUUACCACAUUUAAUUUUUGUUCAAAUGUUUGAAUUAUCAUCGUUGAAAAAGAAUGAACUCGAAUAUUAUCUGCUAGCAGUAACAGAACAAAAUCGUGAUUUAACUGAACUUUCCACAACAAUUGUUUCUUUAAAUCGUUGUAUUAAUAUAACGAGAUUACUUAAUAGAACAAUUAUGGAAUUCACACAUUAUAAACGUGUUAAAUUCUAUCAACAACCUUGUAGAGAAAAUAAUGAAUUACGAUGUUUUUAUGAUGAACAAUGGAUGUGUGUUUGUAACCAAGAACAUUAUGCUGAUUGUCUUGCAUUUGAUCAUAGUACUACAAGUUGUAGAGGUAUUGAUUACUUGUGUCAAAAUGGUGGUUAUUGUGUACAAGAUGAAGAGUUGUGUGCACGAAAUUCAACUUGUAUUUGCGCGAAUUGUUAUUACGGAUCACAUUGUCAGUUUGUAUCCAGUGGGUAUGUACUUUCAUUGGAUGCUAUUAUUGGUUCUCAUAUUCAACAAGGUAUCUCAAUUCAAAAUCAAGCAUUUAUUAUUCAGUUAUGUUUAGCUAUUGUUGUUAUCAUGUUUAUAUUUGGUAUCAUGUGUAAUUUUUGUUCAAUUGGAACAUUUUGUCAACGACAAGCUACUGACACUG